AUGCCUCGGCUCCCCGGCAGAGCAGGGCUGCUCCUGGGCGCGGUGCUGCUGGCCGCGCUGCUGGCGGAGGGAUGGGGACUCCCCACGAAGACGCCGGGGGGCUCCCGGCUCCGGAGCCAGGCGAGGCCGGCGGAGGUUUCAGCCUCCCCAGACCCCAGCUCUCCUAAGGAAGAGGAGGAGACCCCACUCCAGGCAGGGCCACAAAGACGCAAGCACUGGAUUAUCACUGAGCCAGCAGCUCUGACCCCAGAAGACACAGCCCCUCCUGGCACCCAGGAGGACACCCCCUUGCUGCUGGAGCUGCAGACGCUGCCAGGAUUGGCCAACACGGACUUGAGUACCCCAAACCCCGAUAUCCAGGUGACCAUUGAAGUGGUGGAGGACCCCCAGGCCAAGGUGGAGAAGGAUGUGCUGGUCAAGCCAAGCAAUGUCUGGCCCUUCGGCUGGUUGUCUACCGCCAUGGAGACCUCCAAGUCCCUCCUCCAGGACUACUUCAGGGGAGAGGAGGCGGGGUCCAGUCUCAAGGACAGAGCCCCAAAAGAAGAGGAAGAAGCAGAGGAGGAGGAAGCAGAGGAGGAGGAAACAGAGGAGGAGGAGGAGGACUACCUUAUAGACUAUGAGUACAGUGAGAUUGAGGAACAAGAGGACAAUGCUGAGGAAGAUGACAACAAGGAGCAAGGCUGGCUGUACCCCUUCAGGGACUUCUAUGAUGACGAGCCUCCGGAGGAGUGGGGCCCCUGGUCUCCCUGCAGUGGGAGCUGCGGCAACAGCACCCAGCAGAGGACCCGGUCCUGUGGCUUCGCCUGCACCGUCACCCAGACCAAGGACUGCGACCUGCCCCUCUGUCCCGGCGCCAAGGACAAGGACCCCUCGGAUUUACCCAGUGAGGAGUGGCCGCUCCUGGCCUUCAAUGCUACAGAUACUGUGGACCCAGGUGUGGACCACUGCGAGAAGUGGCUGAACUGCAAGAGCGACUUCCUGGACAAGUACCUGAGCGAGGUGCAGCAGGACCUGCCCAGCUGCCCGUGCACUUACCCCCGGGAGGCUGCGCACAAGACCAUGAGCCUGCAGGACAAGCACACUGGCCGCAGCGUCCAGUGGAGGGACGCCAGCGGCCCGGGAGAGCGCCUGGACAUCUACAAGCCCACGGCCAGCCACUGCCUGCGCUCCCUGCUGUCCCGGGACAGCAAAACGCUGGCCGCCCAGCACUGCUGCUACGACUCCAGCCACCGGCUGCUGACCCGGGGCAAGGGCGCCGGCGCACCUCACCUCAUCAGCGGGGACGUCUCCCCGGAACUGCACUUCAGGUUGGACAGGAUGCCCUGGAUCAUGUGUAAGGGGGAUUGGAGCCGCUACCACUCUGUUCGGCCCCCCAACAAUGGCUUGGCCUGCCCCGCCAACCCUCCUGAGCCCGAGUACCUGGCCCAGCUGCAGGAGGCCAAGGAGUACUGA